AAAAGAAAUGUCAAAUGGCCCAAGCAAACUUGUACAAAUCAAUUAAGCUUUUCCCAUUCAAUUGGUCAUGUUGGCAAGAAUUGAUCACCUCAUUUACGAGUUUUGAAGAGGCAAUUUCCUUUCUUUCUAAAAUCAAAAAUUCAAAACAUCUAUCGUCACAUAUAAUGGUCCAAUUCUUUGAAGUGGUGGUAUUGCAAGAGUUUUACCACCAAUCGCCAUCGCUAUUCACAACAUUGAGUCAAUUACAAGAUCUAUUCCCUAAGUUUUCCUUUGUUAAACUACAGCAAUUCCUUAUAUCAUAUCAUAAUCUUGAUUAUUUCACAGCAGAACAUAUAUUCGAUGAAAUACUAGCCCAAGAUCCUCUAAGACUAGAUGACCUAGAUACAUACUCCAACAUGCUUUACGUGAUGGAAAAACGACUGAAAUUGACCUAUCUCGCUCAUUUUGCCAGUUCUAUAGACAAAUAUCGACCAGAAACUUGUUGUAUAUUGGCAAAUUAUCAUCUGAUGAAGUCAGAACAUGAAAUGGCAAUAAUGUAUUAUAAGCGAGCAUUACUCCUUGACAAGAACUGUUUAAGUGCUUACACAUUAAUCGGACAUGAGUUUGUCGAACUAAAAAAUUCACAUGCCGCCAUUGAAUCUUAUAGAAAAGCCGUUGAUAUAAAUGCCAAAGAUUUCCGAGCAUGGUAUGGGCUCGGGCAGGCCUAUGAAGUGUUGGAUAUGCAUUUAUACGCAUUGUACUAUUACCAACGAGCUACCAAAUUACAAAGUAACGAUAAAAGAAUGUGGAUCGCCAUUGGUGGGUGUUUUGAAAAAAUUGAACAGUAUGAAGAAGCAAUCAAAUCAUUUGAAAAGGCAUUGACCAUAUCUACGUCAGCUGAUGAACAAGGAAAUACUCUCAUUGAUCCUCAUAUAGCAUAUCGAUUGGCUACUAUAUCUGAGAAACUAGGAAACUUACAAAACACGGAGAAGUAUAUGAAAUUAUGUUUUAAUCAAGAAUUUGAAAUUGGAAUAACUGAUGAUACAUGCAAAGCAAGAUUAUGGUUAGCUAGAUAUUCAUUGAAUCAAAAGAAUUUUAAUUAUGCUUACGAAUUAGCUAAGGAUUUACAACAUGGUAAUUCGCAUGAUAUUGAAGAAGCGAGGGGAAUAGCUAGAGAGGCAAGAAAUAGAAUGUAACGCAUAGCUGUCAGCAAGCCUAGCUGCUAUUCGGGAUAAUAAUAGAUAGUCAUUACAAAUGUACUUAUCAAAUAAUGGAUUAUAUAUUUCACCCGGGAGGUAUUAAGUGGUGAAUAUAUUACAAAUUUUAGUCUAUUUAUAUAGUAUCAUACUUAAAGUAUAAUAAUGAAUGACGUGCUAUUGCUAAGUGUACAUGAAAUAUUAAUAAUUAGUAGUAACAGUGAUGGUCUCAGUAUUGCACAAUCUCCUCUUCCAACUUGGGUAAAUUAUUCAAGUCAAAGCUGCUCAUCACUACUUGAAUAGCCUUGGGUAAAAUCUUUUCCAAGUUAUUGAUUUCUUCGUCACUAAUCCCUAACUUUAAAUUGACUAGUAAAUGUGGAGGCAACACUGGUAAAUUUUCAUGUUCUAAGAUCAAUUUUGAUCUGGUAAUUAAAAUCUUGCCAUUCUGUAAUACAUAGUCAACAAUUUUUUGUAAUAUGAAAUUUUCAGCAUUAAAAUAGUGAUCAAAUUUGUUUAAACUCUUCAGAGGCUUACGUUUGGAAAUGAAAUCGGUAUUACCAUAGUUAAAUGGUAAGUUUAAUUUUGCUCUCACAUCAGGAUGUAAUUGUAUAUGAAUCAUUGGUGACUGUGGAUCAGAAGUUAUCAUAAAUGGAGUAGACAACAAUGCAUGGUCCAACUUAUUAUAAACAAACAUUAUACUAUGGUGCAAUGAAGGAAUCAAUUUGUUUUCUUCAUUUUCAAUCUCUUCUAUAGCUUGUGAAGUCACUUUUGCGGAAUAUGGAGGUAAUGAUGCACUAAACACAUAGGCAUUUGAUUGAAUUCUUUGAUGGUGAACCAUAGGAGUGGC